AUGGUAUGUGUCGUUACCUACUCAGAGGGUCCCGCGCACGUGAUGCGCUACAUGUCGCACAUUGCCUGCGCAGCGGUGGAAGACAGCCAAGCCUUUAGGCCGUCCAUCCUACAGCAGCCGGCGGGGUUUGAGGAAUGCGGCGAAGGCCUCGGGGGCCGGCGCACUCGGCUUGUGGUGCAGCAGCUUGUAUACGCACAUGUAACGAGUUUAGCGCUCACCUCCGCUUCCUGGGUUGACGCCAUUGUUUCACCAGGACAAGGAAGUGCAAUCAGCACCACGGUGGCCGACACAUUCGCACCGCAGGGGUGA